GCCUCUUUGAGGCCGGUGAACAGCAGGAGCGAUUUUUAUCUUUUCAGUAAUACCUUCCAAUGAUUACUGCAAAGGGAGGAGGGUAGAGCUGAGCAGUGCCCUUCUGAAAGGAAUUUAGAAAAUCUCUUUGGUAAUUUAUUUGAGCUGCUGAGAACACUUAAGUUACUUUUACAUGUUUCUGGAAUAUUACACUAAUGCAGAAAAACUCUGUAGGUAUAUAACAAUAACAAAAAAAAAAGUACUGCAAGCAGUGAGUUGGCCUAGUUACAAGAAGGAAUCAGCAAGGGGAAAUAGGACUUUGCUGAGUGGAUAGUGAGUAUUUGGGUGUUUUUGGCACUUUGUAAUAUGCAAGUGCAAGUGACAAAACUGAGAUAGUUGUGAAAUAUUACUCGCAAAUUUUGAUUUGUGUUAAUAUAUAAUUAUCAAUACAAUUUGAGAUCCCUGAUAGGCAAAUUGGACAAAGUAUUAUCUAUAAGGAAGACCCAAUAUAUACAUACAAGAUGGUUAAUUUGUGAACCAGUUUUUUCCCAGCCCCUGAAGUCACUCCAGUUGGGGAGUCAGCCUAUUCCAGGUGACCAGUGACAGGACAAGAGGACAGAGUCUUUAGCUCUGCCAGGGGAGGUUUUAGGUUGGGCAUUAAGAGGAAUUCCUUUAAAACAUAUCAGUAUAGAAGAGAUGUAGGACAAAAGGAGAAGUGAAAUAAAAACUUGGAGCACCUGAAAAGCAGUGGCAAAGGAAGCAGUCACUGCAAGAAGGCUGCCUGUGUAGCUGAACUGGUGAAUAUUCCCUGGACAAACCAAUGUGAAGGUGUCUGUUUUGGUUAGAUGUGUGUUUGAAUACUGUGGAGACAAUCAGAGCUCAUAGGCUACUACAGAAACUUUCCCAUGGUGUUCUGCUUUCAUGCCCAACUUUGCUGAUGGUAACCUAUGAGACAGUUUAGCAAAGCAUAUCAGUGAAAAAAUAAUGUUAUGUGCCAUCAUAUUACAAAUCUAUUUCAUUUUCAACCUUUUUCCCCUCUUCUCCCCAUUUGUUCUGUAGAAACAAAAGAAGAAUGAAGUCAACAAAGGAAUCUCAUGAUCACGUUCUUUUGGAUAUUCCCGUCACUAGAGAGCAGAUGAAUCACUAUCGAGCUGCAGCUGAAACUGCUCAAAGUGAACUUGCAGUACUUUCAGUGAAGUAUGACUGUGCCCAAUCAGAGCUGCUUAAACUCAGGUCGAGCAUGAUCUCUAAAGAAGCUUCUUUUCAAGAGCUGAAGGCUGAAGCUGAAAGCUACAAGGAAAAUGAGGCUAGACUGAUGUCCCGCCUCCUGUCUUUGCAAACGCGAAUCCAGGAGAUGGAGGAAGAGCUGUGCGUGCUCGCUGCUUCUAAAAACCAGGCUGAGCUGGCAGCGCAGGUGGCAUAUAAGGAAAAUUUGGAGCUGAAGGAGGAACUUCAUGAGAAAAGUGCAGAACUUAAUAAAUAUUUGAACGAGUAUGAAGAAAACAUGACUCAAUCUUCUAAAAUCAGCAAAAACUAUGAAGAGCUCCUUGCACAUCUUUCUGGAUUCUUGGACAUAGACAUCAGAGAAAAAGAGAAACCACAAGAACAUUUAACAUCAAAGGUCUCUGAAAUAUGUAAAGAAAAUGUGACAUUAAAAGACCAGGUUGCUGCUCUUCAAGAAGCUGUGAAUGUCCAUGAGAUGGAGUCUAAAGCUAACAGAGAAACUAUCAUGAGACUAGUUUCAGAAGUGGCCAAGGAGCAGAAAAAGGCAGCAGGAUACUACCAAGACAUGGAAAAACUUAGUAAGGAUCUUGACAGUGCAAUAAUAAAGAGGCAGAGUUUAGAGAUGGAGAUGAGAAACCUCCAAGAGAAACUGACUGUUAACCAGAGAGCUUUGGACACCUCAAAGCAGGAGCUGCACAAUCUGAAGAAAUCUUCCCGUGAGUUAGAUGCAAGCUUGAAGAGUAGCAGAGAAGAGGUCAGGACUGCUCAGGGGUCUUUAGAGGCUUUUAAAGAAGAAAUUGCUACCCUGCUCAGCUGUGGAUCUGCAACAGUUAAACCUUCUGAGAAGGCCAUUUUGGAGAGGAUCCAAGAAAUAAAUUGCAAAGAGGAGAAUAAAGAAAUAAUGGUAUCUCAGCUUGAAACACAAUUAGCUAAACUGACUAAAGCUUUGGAAAAUCAGACCAGAUUGUACCAUGAAGCCCUGGAGAGGAGCAGGAAAGCUGAAAAAUGUUCUGAGAAUUUCCAUGAUCAACUGAAGCACUUGGAAGAGGAAUUAUUAACUGGAGACCUGAUGCAAGAUGGUUUGAAGCUUGAGAAACAAAAAUAUCUGAAAUUUCUGGAGCAACUUAAUGAGAAGAUGAAGCUGGAUAGUCUAGCAGCAGAGGUUGGAUUUGAUAUGGCUAUGGAUGUGAUUCUGGCCCGGGUAGAGCAGUUGGUGAAACUGGAAGGGGAUGCGGUGGUUGAGAACAAGACUGUGGCCUACAGCCUCAGAAGGAAGUUGAAGGCUCAGAAAGAAAAACUUGAAAGCAAAGAGCUGCACAUGAACCUUCUGCGCCAGAAAAUAACCCAUCUGGAAGAAGAGAAGCAAGUAAGGGCUGCCUUAGCUGUGGAAAGGGAUGAGGCCAAUCUUGCUGUCAAAAAGUUACAUAAGAUUAUAGAGAGGCUACAGAAGCAGCUUGAUCUGGCAAGGGAAACAAAUACUGAUCUCAAAGCCAAGCUGUCUGAAACCAGUGAACUUAAGAUCAAAACUUUGGAGCAGAACAGAACAAUAGAGGAACUCAGUAAGUCUCAAGAGAAAUUGGAAAGAAUGAAAGAAAAAGCUGAGAAACAGCUUAGAUCUGCCAAAUCAGAACUACUUUUAAAGGAGCGUAAAUCUACUGAAGACAAAGAAAAAACCAAAAAUAUGUUAGAAGCAGUUACUAGUGAGAUGAAAGUGCUUAAAACAACCCUUGCAGAACUAGCAAAAAGAGAGAGACAGCUGGCAGAUUUCCGAGAGGUGGUCUCGCGGAUGCUGGGCCUCGACAUUGCCAGCCUGGCUCUUCCUGACUAUGAAAUAAUUUCACGUCUUGAAGGGCUGAUUCACUCCCAUCAGCACCUCUUCUUCCCCUGUGUCUGCCUCAAAGAUGUGGCAAGGACCCCAGAGGAGCAGCAAAGAAACAUCCAGCUUCUUCACUGAACGGAGGUGGAACAAAGUAAAAUUUUCUGUUUGCUUCCUUACCUGCUGGACCUCCACAGAAAACAGAUCCCUAUUUCUGCUCCCUAUUCUAGACACACCAACUAGGGCUGAUCUUUAGAACUUUAACAGAGAGACUGACUGGAAUGGGUAGAGUCAAGCCAGCAGCCUGGAGAUGGCAAACAGAAAACCCUGGGUAGCUUAAUACAUCAGUUAUGAAAAUGGUAGGCAACACAUCAACAAUGCCCUCAAGUUUCAGUGCAGAGGCAUUAAAGCAAUGGGUCACCCCAGGUCAGCUCACAGUUUUGAGAAGUUACUGGAUGCCUGCUUCAGUGGCAUUCCUUGUGUUUUACUUCUAGGUGACAAGGAUGAAAUCAAGUAGGGGUUGUUCUGCUGCUUGUUCUUGCCACCUGGGACAUCUCUGCAUUUGUACACAUAAGGGCUUCAACACAAUUGUCUGCAAGUUAGAGGAUUAUCUCAAUUUGGGAACAAGAGGGUUCUUUUUUUUUCUGUUGGCUUCUUUUGUCUGCUCGUAUGGCAAAACAAAAAAUUUCAUUUUUGCAGCAAAGGCUUUCUCGCAGGGUCCCGUCAUUUGCCUCAUAUAAAUAUAUUUGGUAAAAUUGAGUGUUGGCCUUGGUCAUGAUGUCUUGAAAAAUUUGUUUCCAGCUGCUGUAUUCCUUGGGCAAUUAAUCCACAGUGGCAAUUCUUCUGAGUUAACGAAAAAUUAUUUUAGAAUUCUUGUUCACUACAGAAAAUAGCUGAACUACUGAAGAGUUUAUUUUCAGAGAAAUGAUGAUGAGGUGUACAAAACUACCUCCUAAUCACAAAAACUGCUUUCUGAGUGUUGUUAAAUUUCAUGUUUUUUAAAAAGAAAUAUGGACAAUAAAUCUGUUUUAAUAGCACAUUCAAACUUGAUUCUGUGGUUUUAGUUGUCUCUUCCCUUUAUAUGUUUUGUAUGGUUGUGUAGAACAGUAAAGACGACUUACUUAUUUUUGUCUUGACCAUUUGUGGGCUUUCUACAGUAUCUCAGUGAAUGAUGACCCACUCAGUAAACUGAACACACUAUUUUAAGAAAAAUGACACUUUUUCAUGUAAGAGUGGUAAUUUGGGUAUCUGGCUGGGGACUCAAACUGUGUUUUUGUUUCUUUGGCUUUUGAAGUAUUGUUUCUCAUUGACUUGCUUAGAAUAAAGAAAUAAACACUCAAGCUUUUGUAAAAUCAGUCAUUUGAGAAGACAGAAAUAAAUCUUGCAUAAAUUCUUAUGCUUCUGUGGCUAACUGGAUUGAAAUCAAUUUAAUUUUUUGUUUUGUAAUGUAACAUUGUUUUGGGGGGAAUGAC